GCUGUCAUUCGUUCGUUUUGCCGGAAAGUUUUCGCGAUUGAAUUGAAUAUUGGCAGAAAGUAAUUUUUUAUGCAGAUCAGUGCUCCUAUGCUUAUCGUCGAAUAGUUUUUAGCUACAUAGUGAUCUUAAAUUUUGUUUAAAAUAAUUAUCAGUGACAAUGGCGCCAAGGUCUGCGAAAGCCAAGAAAACUGCAAAUGUAAAGUUGACAGAAAAUGAAGGUUCUAAGAAAAUUCAUGGUAAAAAUUUUGAAAAACAAGAAUCGGAAAUUACGGAGUCAGAGGUAAUUGAGAAAGACCCACCUGUACUUAUAAAAAAGAAGCGUGGAAAGAAAGUUGCAAAUGAUACUAAUGGAGACAAAGCCAAUACUUUAAAAAGUGAAGAUAUCACUCUUCAAACAAAAAAGGCAAUAAAGAAAAAUUCAGAGGAAGAGAAUGAUAAUAAAAUCAAUGGUGAUAAAUCAUCUGAAGAGGAAUCUAGCUCUACCGAUGACAUCAAACAGAAUGGUGACAUCAAUGGUGGUGCUGAAGACACUGAUAUGGCAAAGGGUCGGAAAAAGACACAAAAAAAAGAUGUUGAAGCUAAGAUUAAAGAAUCAGGACGAGGGACAAAAAAUAUUAAGCAGGAGGAAAAUGUAGAAGAUGAAACAAAAAACAUUGGUGUAACAGAAGAGGAAAAACUGAAAUCCACAAGUAAAGGAAAAGGUCGAAAGGCAGCUGCCAAAAUUGAAAAUGUGCCUGUGGUUGAAAAAAAGACUGAAUGUGUUGAAGAAGACAUAAACCCAGAACCAGCUGUUGUAAAAGGAAAAAAGAAGGGACAAAACAAAGCUAAAGAAAAAGUAGCUGAAAGCAUAAAAGAUGUUACAGAGAAAAAUGUAGCAGAAGAGGAACAAUUAGAAAAGGUAACAAAAAAGAAAGAAAGCAAAGGAAAGAAAAAUCAGGGCAAGAAGAACCAAGUGGUAGAUACGCAGGAACAAGAAGAGGAGGUUCACGAAGAAAUAAUAGGGGACGAGUUAAAAAAGGAGACAAAAAAGAAAGAAAGUAAGGCAAAGAAAAACCAAAGAAAGGAAGAAAUAGAUAUACAGAAGGAAGAGGAUAUCAAAGAAGAGCCUGUUUCUAAAAAAAGGAAGACAACAAAAAAAGAAAAAGGUGAUGUCAAAGAUGAAGUAGAAUCUGUUGAAGACAAACCUAGUAAGGGUAAGAGAGGACAAAAGAAGGCUGUAGAGUCUUCUGUUGAAAAUGAAGAUGAGCCCCAAGAUACUGGUGAACAAGCAACAAAACGACGCCGUAAACAAGCCGAAGACAAGGCUCCAGUUGCAGCUAAAAAGUCUGCUCUAAAAAACAAAGCUGCAACCAACUAUGAAGAAAUAGACUUUUCAAACUUUUCUAAAAAUAAGCAAGGCAAAGACUGGAACUAUAAAAUAUCAAGUUGGAAUGUGGAUGGAAUAAGGGCCUGGUUAGGGAAAGGUGGUUUGGAAUAUUUAAAAUAUGAGAAGCCUGAUAUACUUUGUCUGCAAGAAGUAAAAUGUGCACAAGAUAAACUUCCUGAAGAAUUGGUUAAUGUCCCUGGUUAUCAUGCUUAUUGGCUAUGCAGUGACCAGGAUGGAUAUGCUGGUGUAGGAGUCUAUACUUCAAAACUAGCUAUGAAUGUGCAGUAUGGUUUACAAAAUGAAGAUUUGGACAACGAAGGUCGCAUCAUAACUGCUGAAUAUGAACAUUUCUAUUUGAUCAGCACAUACGUUCCUAAUGCAGGACGAAAAUUAGUCACCUUACCUAAAAGACUGCAAUGGAAUGAAGCAUUCCGCAACUAUGUUAAGGAAUUGGAUAAGAAAAAACCUGUGAUAAUAUGUGGAGACAUGAAUGUAGCUCACAAUGAGAUAGAUCUAGCAAAUCCUAAGACAAAUAAAAAAAAUGCGGGAUUUACUGAAGAAGAACGAGCUGGUAUGACGGAUUUACUUGGAGACGGCUUUGUAGAUACCUUCAGACAUUUGUACCCUGACACGAAAGGUGCUUACACUUUUUGGACCUAUAUGAUGAACAGUCGAGCUAAGAAUGUUGGAUGGCGCCUUGAUUAUUUCAUUGUAUCUGAAAGACUACUGACAUCUGUUUGUGAUAGCGUUAUAAGAGAUGGCGUGUACGGAAGCGAUCACUGCCCCAUAUCGUUGUUCCUGCACCUAAGCAGUGCUGAGAAACCGAAAUAAUUAAGGAGUAUAAAAAUACUUAACAUCUUUUGAAAUACAUGACGCCUCAUUUUGAGAUUAUUAUUAUUUCCUUAUGUGCCUAUUUUGUUUUUGUAAUGCAAACAUUUUGAUGAACCAAUAAAGACUGUCUUGAAGAUUU